AUGGCCUACGACUGCUACUGCGCCAUCUGCGGCGUCGGCUUUUGUGGAAUGCUGAUCGAAACUCCCUCAGAAACAGCAACCGAGCGUCGAAGACGGUGGAUUGAAAAGAGAUCCCAAGCCCUCCAAGCGGGUCAGUCUAUCGACCAGGUUCCCCAGGAAGGUGAAGAGCCCGUUCGCAGUUACGAUCCCAAGAUUGUUGGCUGGGAGAACGUAGCAUGGCUCUAUAAGGCAUACUGUCUCGGAUUCAACCCUCAAGCUGCCUCGGGAAAGGGAAACUAUGGUUCCGGGACCGACGACACUCCCGGACCAGUCAUUCCCUUCCACGGAUGCUGCUUUGAGAUUCUGACACGCGUCCUCACCGGCUCCACCGAUAGCUCAACCAUUGACAUGAAAGUACUGUACAAUGUUAUGACAGAGUUGUCCAACGAAUCCUCCUCCGCUCUGCGGCUGAACUACGGCGACGACAUUCGGCGGGCGCAAGGCCGGUACUGGGAGUGCAUCCCUGGCGCAGAGUACUGCGCGACUCAUCCAACCGAGACAUCCGGUUUGGACGACUUUCUUAAAAAAGAUAUGACCACGGACAGCAAAUUCGAAAAGCCAUUCGCCCAAUUCGAUCUCAAGGGUCGCUCGCCUGCCAGCCCCUUCGGCAAGCUCCCACUCGAACUCGUCUAUCAGAUCUGCUCAUAUCUGCCCGGUGAUUCGCUCAAGGCAUUGACUCAAGCGUCACUGAGCGUUCAGGUUGUCACUCAGGACAACUGGUUCUGGAAGCGAUUUAUCCAGUGGGAUAUGCCAUGGUUCUGGGAAUUUUACACCUCGCAGAACCCCAGAGAUUUGCCGGCCAAUGUCAACUACAAGCGCUUGUACAUGUGGCUCGACAAGAUGACCGCUGCUCGCUACGGCAUGGACGACCUGGCGCUGAUUGGAGUUGCGAACCGUCGACGCAUCUGGGGCGUAUGUGAAGAACUGGCCAGCCAGUACCACAAGGCUGUGGCAGUAGCGUGA